GAUGCUCUACUCUGAACCGAUCGGGUUUGAUAUCCAGCCUGGUCCACCAGUGAAACUGAUCCCAGAUAUAGCCCCACCAACUCCAACUGUAUGCAAUACACCUCAAGCACAUAGCAGGACUCUCAGCGAAGCGCUCAGGCUACAGCUUGUGGAUGACUUUGGGAAUGUGACCGGCAAAGAUUUGACGGAUAACAUUGAAGUUCAUGUGAAAGGCAACAAUGGAGCUGAGCUGCCUAAACUCCAGGGCAAUAAGAGUAUGAUGCAGUUCCCGUUGAAUAAAGGCAUUUGCUUCAUACAGAACAUCUCAAUUCAAGAGAAUUCGCCAGGACAUGAUGGAAGUGAGUACAAUUUACACUUCUCAUUGAAGAGCAAGGGACCUGAAGUGAAGCCGUACAUUCAGCCAUUUCUGUUUUGUAAUGAUCCCGCGAAGCAGCAGGAGAUGUCUCAGCUGUUGAAGGAGAGAGACACACUCACUGCUUCUAUCAAGGCGCACAAAGAGCUGUUUAAAAAGGAACAGCAGCAUCUACAGAUGCUCGAAGAAUCUGUUAAGGAUGCUGCAAAGAAUGAGCUCGAGUUACAAAAAGAGUUGAAACUAUUUGGAGUCCAGGAUGCACAGAUAGCAACGAGAAAAGGAGUGGAAGAAUUAAUGACAUCUACUAAAAAAAAAAUUGAAGAGAGACCAAGAAGGAAAUGCGGGAUGCCGCCAUACGAGACACGGGAUGGUGAAAUACUUGGAAAGGUAGCACACCUGGUUGAGGUAGAAGAAGAGAAUGUUGCCUUUGUGUUAUCAUGGCAUAUGUCCUUUGAUAUGAACUGCGUCCUCACCACCACAGACGCCAAGGCUGAAGAGGUCUUUGAAAACACAGGAGGGCGUCAACAGGUUCUCUCCAUUGAGUCAAUCCACAAAAAGGACCUGAUGACUGAGUGGGACAAGCCUCUACCGCACAUGGGAGUACCCACCCAGCAUCGUCGAACCCCAUCAGGCAACCCUGUGUAUGCAAGGCACCUUUUAAGGUUCACAGGUCAUGAAGCCUAUUGUAGGAUAGCCUUCAGUCUCUUGCUACACGAUACCGUACUCUUAGAUACACUGAUAGACGCAAAAGCAUACAGACAGUCAAUUGUGAAUUACAUCCCCUGCCCCACGCUCCUCACUCGCGAAGGCGACUGUAUUCGUGCCAACGGAAAGUUCGGAGGACUUGAGAACCAUUGUCCGUUAGACCUUCGGGGACGCGUCUUUGGUGAACCUCCUCCCACACAGUUAAAAUCACUGGAGAAGCAGAUGGAAAUCCUGGAGCAGAUCAUGCAUGCCAUGGAGAGUCGUGAGCUGAUUCAAGUCGAAUACAAUGACCAGGAGGCAGCCCUGAGAUCAGGGGAUAUGGUUACCAAGCAACGGGAUUGCCAGGAGGAUGAGGAACAGCUUGCCCUCAUCAACGAGAAAAUAAAAUCGGCUGAAGCUUCAAGCACAGAUCAUUCUCCUAUUCCAAUGUCCAUCACAUCUUCCAACUCAAGUGGGCAUUCCACGUCCAGAGGAACGACAAGACGGUCAGCACCCUCUGUGCCAGAGGCUCCUCCAACCAAAAGAAGGAAACCCUAAUUGUAUGACCCCCCCUCCUUCAGCUGUGAUGUGUUUGCUUCUUACACCCGGCCCCCUCUCCACCAUUCCACACUGCCAAUGUUUAUACUUCAAUACCUAUAUGAAGCACAGUAAACGUCAUUUGUGUGUUCAAGAUUGUCUAUAAGAUUUGUAUUCGAAACUCAAAUUCUUGUAAAAAAUUGUGGGCAUACCACCUUUAUGUAGAUUGAUAUAAAGUAACACUGUUCUGGCUUUGAGCAAACACUGUCUUUUAGUGAUCUUUCCAGAUAUCUGCAGAUGGUCGACACUUACCCUUGAGUACGAACAGCCCAUGGCAGCCAUCUUGUGCUGAAUGUUGUUUGGAUGUGUGAUGAUGUAUUCUGAAAUGUGGAAUAAAUAAAUAGAAUAAUGAUAUUACCUCAUUUCCUCCUUUCUAACUCAUUUUUUUUCUCUCUCUCUCUCUUGCUCUUUUCUUUUAUUUUGUUGU